AAAGACCAAAGAGCAAGGAAAAUAUAUCCAAAGGUUUUCUGAUCAUUUCUUUCUUUCUACUGAAACAACAAAUUAAAAAAAUGGGUGGUCGUCGUCUUCGCUCAUACGCAGCUCUCUUCUUCUUUGUCAUUUUCUUCAUGGCCACCAGCUUGCCUUCCGAGAUGGGAGGUGGAAUGAAGAUGGUGGCGGAGGGGAGGACGUGCGAAUCGCAAAGCCAUAAGUUCAAGGGUCCAUGCUUGAGCGACACCAAUUGUGCGAGUGUUUGCAAGACCGAAGGUUUUCCUGAGGGCCAUUGCAGAGGAUUACGCCGUCGCUGUUUCUGCAAAAAAAAUUGUUAAAUUAAUUAAUUAGGGCCAGACCGGUCCUAAUUAAUUAAUCGGCGCACAUGAUUGACAUGAAUAUGUGUUUUCAAUUUGCUUGCUACAAAUAAGAGACCGUUAACCAGUUACAUAUAUAUAAUAUAGCUGGCUAGCGGGC